UUAUUUUUUUUGUAUUUUCAAUUAAGCUUACUAUUUUAAACACUCGGAUACUAAUUUGAAAUGCUUUCAGAGACUUGACUUAUCAAUAAAAAUGUACAAGAAAAAUGUAGAAAUGACAGCAAAAAGACUAACAUAAACAUUUCAGCAGAUGAGGCUCUGCAAUUUUUUUGCGUGAGAAAAGGUGGUAAUUUUCUUGUAAAAAAUGGUUUUUCCGAUAAUAAAACUUGGAACUCUUGCAGUGAAGCAGAUCAGCAAACCUAUGUCCAAAGCUAUUCGAAAUAUGGCUAAGAAUAGUCCAUUUAUGAGGAAAUAUGUGUGCAUGCCUCCUGCCCAGUUUUACCAUUGGUUGGAUGUGAACCUGAGAAUGCGAAUUCUUGGUCUGGGAAAAGCAACUGAAGUGAAACCUUUAAGCAAUGAAGCAGCUGUAGAACUAGGAGCAGAGAUCAUCAGUGAAAGCUUUCUAUUUUCUGUAGCAACAGGAACAAUCGCAUUUGAAUAUUGGAGAUCAUCGAAAAAAGAAGAAAAACAUGAAUCCCAACAAAGCUUGGAUAUAAAGAAACUACAAUCACAGGUUCAAGAGCUUGGGCUCCUCAUUGAAGAACAAGAUGCAAAGUUACGCGAAUUCAAUAGAUUAUUAGUAGAAUAUGCACCCUCUUCAAAGAAAAAAUGAAUAUAGGUGUAGAUGUUUUUAUAUUUGUGUAUAAAAAGAAUUUAUAUAGUAAAUAAAGGUAAUUAAGUAAUAAAUAAAUGAAUAUUAUUUGGUGCUUGUUUUGUACCUAUGUGUGCAAGCUUUCAAUUUGAGAUUGAUCUACAAUCAGUGUUAUGGAUUUGUGAUUUAUCUUAUAUACUAGUUUCUUAGCCCUGUUUGGUGAAGUGAACAGCAAUAAACUGUAGUUUGAAAACUCACUAGAAAGGUUGAUUUUCUCCUAUGUUGUUAUCACUUAUUCAGGGCUUAAACUAAUCUGAGGUCAUGGCUGUGGAUACCUUGGCUGAAGAAUCAGCAAAAUUGAAAUAAAGAUUAAGGGCUGAAUUGAAAGAUCAGCUAGUUUGAAAUAGAGCUGACCAAUUUAAAGUGGUUACUGCUUGACAAUACUCUUGUAGAAAACAUGCUGUUUGAGGCAAAUAUAGAAUCUAUUCAAACACAACUUCAACCCUAAUUUUUAUAAACCUCCCACUAUUUUGAAUCAUGUCAUAACUAAUGCUAACCUACUUUCUUCUGAAAAUCAAUGCAAGAGCCAUUCUUACGAUAGCAAUUUUUUAUUACUAAUUAUAGUGUAAUUGGAAAUAUGUUAUGCAAUGUGAGACAAUCAUAUAGUUAUAUAACACCAUGCACAUAAAUCUGCAAUUGUCUGGAAAAAAAACAGAGUAUUAAAAAAAUACAUGUAGUUUGUUGAAUUACAUACAAAUUUAGUUUUUUUUUUACUGGUUUUACCCAUCUGCAUAAAAUAUGAAUGUACAUGCAAUAGUGUUAACAACUAACCAGUACUAAAUUUAGAAUAUAUAUGUGUUCAAUAUUGCAAUGAUGUAGAAUUGUUCAUGAGGUGAUGGUACAGUGUAAAAUGAUAACAUGUUUAUCAAUAUUUUUCUUGAUCGGUUUCUUGAAUAGCAAUGUUUUUAUUGAUAAGGGAGGGGGGUCCAAAAAAUUUCUGGUUUUUCCUUUCCCUCUUUCCCCUUUUCUCUCCCGUCUCCUCCCAUCCUUUGUUUUGUU